GCGGCACGCUGUGUUUUCCAGCACAUGAACGCCGCACGGGACAGCUAGCCGGGAGCGGAGCACAUUAAUGACACAGGACUCAGUCGCCACCAUGGCAGCACCGCGGCUGAGCUUCAGCAACGUCACCGCCCUGGCGCCCAUGGUCCGGGUGGGAACUCUGCCCAUGAGGCUGCUGGCUCUGGACUACGGUGCGGAUGUGGUCUACUGUGAGGAGCUGAUCGACCUGAAGAUGGUCCAGUGUCAGAGAGUGGUGAAUGACGUGCUGCAGACGGUGGAUUUCGUGGCUCCAGACGAUCGAGUGAUGUUCCGGACCUGCGAGAGGGAAAAGGACAGAGUCGUGUUUCAGAUGGGAACUGCCGACCCGGACAGAGCGCUGGCUGUGGCCCGACUUGUGGAGAAGGACGUGGCCGCUGUGGAUGUGAAUAUGGGCUGUCCAAAGGAGUACUCCACCAAGGGCGGGAUGGGAGCUGCCCUCCUGUCAGAUCCUGAGAAGAUCGAAGCGAUCCUGAAGAAGCUGGUGACCGGAGUCUCCAUCCCGGUGACCUGUAAGAUCCGCAUCCUGCCUUCACUGCAGGAGACGGUGAGUCUGGUGCAGAGGAUCGAGAAGACCGGCGUGGCGGCUGUGGCCGUGCACGGCAGGUUUAAGGAGGAGCGUCCCAGACACCCCGUCCACUGCGACUACAUCCAGGCCGUGGCUCGGGCCGUGUCCAUCCCCGUCAUCGCGAACGGAGGCUCUCUGGACCUGGUGAAGACCAACGCCGACGUGGCGGAGUUCAGGGCGGCCUGCGGCGCCUCGUCCGUCAUGCUGGCCCGGGCCGCCAUGUGGAACGCCUCGGUGUUCAGCAGCCGGGGGCCGCUGCCCGUGGAGACGGUGAUGGAGGACUACCUCAGAUACGCCAUCCGGUACGACAACAACGCCUUCAACACCAAGUACUGCCUGUGUCAGAUGCUCCGGGACAAGGUGGAGUCGGUGCUGGGGAAGCAGGUGCAGGCCUCUCAGACCAACGCCGAGAUCAGCGAGGCGUACGGCCUGCAGGCGUUUUACCAGCAAACCCAGGACGAGCUUCAGGCCCGGAGAGACGCCUCCCAGGGCGGCGGCCAGCCGGAGCGGCCCGUCAUGGACGGAGACGUCACCACCAUGGCGGUCAGGUUUGAACGAAGAGAGUACCCUCCUCAGAUCACCCCCAAGAUGUUCCUGCUGGAGUGGAGCCGCAAGGAGAAGCUGGAGCAGCCGCAGUACGACACGGUGCAGCGCUCUCAGGAUCGGUCGUUUCAGUCCACGGUGACCGUAGCUGGGAGGAAAUACAGAUCGUCUUUAUGGGAGAAGUCGAAGAAGUUCGCCGAGCAGGCGUCGGCCAUCGUCUGCCUCCGCACCCUGGGCGUCCCGGAGGGCCGGAUCGGCGAGGGGGAGUCCGGCCUGGUCUGCAAGAGGAAGAGGGAGGGCAGGGCGGACGGCCCGGCGGGGGCCGACAGGCGGAAGAGGCCGCACGUGGCGUCCGUCCCGGAGGAGACGCAGAGCAACGGGGGCCCCGGCGCCGUCUGAGCCCGAGGAGGAGCGCGUCUGGACCGGAUCUCGCUCAGCUCCCUCCCCCGGACCCAGCCUGCUCUGAGAUCCAUCUCCUCCUCCUCCUCCUCCUCCCGCCUGAGGAGCUCCAGGCGGCGGUUGGGCCGGACGCUCACGGUGCCUUCGAGAGCAGGCGUUCUUUUUGUUUGGUUUCAGAAGAGCUUUGCGGUCGUCUCUCCUCCUGAGAGGCCAGCAGCAGCACUCAGUUUGAACCUGUGGUCUCCAGCUCUGUCUUCCUCCUCCUGAAGCUGCGGUCUGGACCCAGAGGCGCCCAGCAGCCCUCAGACAUGAUGCUCCCUCCACCGUGCUUCAUUGAUGGCGGAGAUCAGGAGCGUCACCGCUGCCUGAUUGUCGCCGAUUUGAUUUGUUUCCGUUCAAACUCUUCCGGUCUGAUGUGAACCAGCGGAGGAACGACCGCAGCAGCAGAUUUUUUUUACAUUUUAAUCCAGAUGAAAUAAGUUCUUGCAGAAAACUUUGUUUGUUUGUGUUUGCUGGAGAGCAGCGGCGGCCCUGCUCAGCCUUCGCCCUGAUUGGUCGGUUUGACUGCAGCUGAUCUGCAGGACGUCAGUGUGAAGUUGAAUAAAAGUGGAGUGUGUGUGUGUCCCGACAUUGAAAGGCAUUCUUCGGUGUUGCGUUCAGGGAGCCGGGAAAUCACGUCAUCACUGUGUUACAUUCAAGACAGCUGGGAAAUUCCAGCUCUGAAACCAGGACGGUUUAUUAGGCCAGGCUGGGAUGUAUGAUGUGUGG